CACAUUUGCAAGCCACAACAUGCGCCACAAGCAGCUGCACCCAGUUUUCUUCUUCCCCAGCAGCCGCCCACAGGCCACAGCUCGAACUCACCAAACAAGAAACCGAGCAGAAAAGCAAGAAAUUAAACCGAUGAAGCCGAGAUCUCGCUGUUCUUCCGUGAUCAAUGGGGCGCCACUGCUCCUGGUGGUGGUGGUGUGCUUCGGCUUGAGCCCCGUGGCGAGGUCUCAGUCGAGCGACUCGUGCUCCACUCCGGCGAGCCUCGCCGCCGGCGUCAGCAAGCUCAUCCCCUUCGACACCUCCAACCUCACCUGCUUCGACGCAUGGAGCUCCGAGAACUUCAUCGUCCGCUAUACGAGCAGCGGGAGCACGUGGAGCUUCGUGCUGUCGGCGCCGGACAAGGGAGGGUACGUGGCGGUGGGGUUCUCGCAGGACGGCGCCAUGGUGGGGAGCAGCGCGGUUGCCGGGUGGAGCAGCGGCAAUGGCGUCGGCGGCGUGGCGAAGCAGUACAAGCUGGGCGGGACGAGCUCGCGCAGCUGCCCGCCGGACCAGGGCUCGCUGUCGCUGGUGGCCAAGAACACCCUCGUCGUGGCGCAGUCGUCGCGGAUCUACGUCGCGUUCCAGUUCACGGCGCCGCAGCCGACGCCGUACCUCAUCUACGCCGUCGGCCCGUCGAACACCAACCCCUCGGGCAACGGCGACUACCUCGCCCAGCACCAGGUCUACACCUCCGCCGCCGUCAACUACGCCGCCGGCACGACGUCGUCCGCCGGCGGCGGCGCGGCGGACACGAAGAAGUGGCACGGCGCCAUGGCGGGGCUCGGGUGGGGGGUGCUGAUGCCGGUGGGGAUCGCGCUGGCGCGCUACUUCAAGAAGCACGACCCGUUCUGGUUCUACGCGCACAUCUCCGUGCAGGGCGUGGGGUUCGUGCUCGGCGUCGCCGGCGUGGUCGCCGGGUUCAAGCUAAACGACGACGUGCCCGGCGGCGACACCCACCAGGCGAUCGGGAUCACCGUGCUCGUCCUCGGCUGCCUCCAGGUGCUCGCGUUCCUGGCGCGGCCGGACAAGUCGUCCAAGGUGAGGAGGUACUGGAACUGGUACCACCACAACGUCGGCCGCGCCGCCGUCGCCUGCGCCGCCGCCAACAUCUUCAUCGGCCUCAACAUCGCGCACGAGGGCAACGCCGCCCGCGCCGGCUACGGGAUCUUCCUCGUCGUGCUGGCGCUCGUCGCCGUCUUCCUCGAGGUCAAGCUCUGGCGGAGCCGAAGGAGCGGGUGAUCCACCGCCGGCGUGUAUGAUGCUACUGGUGGUGUACACGGAGAUGACACGAUUUUAGCGAUACGUACGCCGCGCGCUACGUGGGUAGCAUGCGCGUACGCGUACGUGCUUCUUUUUUUUAUUUAUUUUUGGGUAGGUGUUAUAUGAGCGUAGAUGCUCUCUCCGUGUUCAUGUUCGAGAUGGAGUACAUUUAUUUCGUGUAUUAUUCACUCACAUUGUAUUACAUUUAUUUUGGUGCUAGAUCGAUAUAGAGAGUGUAUAUUUGCAGUACA